AUCCAAUUAUGCUAGUAUGAAUUAAAUGCUAAAAGACAAUCGUUCCGUUAGCGCACCUUAAUCGUGCACAGAGGGUUGUUGCCUAGCAAGGAGGUGAUCUCGUUGCUGCUUCGUGAUGGCAUGGGUAGCUUGCCAAACCAAGCUGUCGUACAAAUACCGCCGCCGUACCCACACCGUCACUCCGGACCUUGAGGAGGCCUACCUGCGGGUUGAUGUCUCCUGCGGCAGCGAGGCAUGCGACACCUGCAGGGUCGGUACGACACCCCUAACAACGGCCUCUUCGUUUGGAGAUGCUGGGGCAGGCAGUUGGUACGGCAGCGCUCCAACUGCCACGCUGUCCGCUUCCGCGCCGUACUACCUCAUUCCUGAUGCGGCGGCGCUUUCCGAGCUGCUGGAGUUGUUUGAACUGCCGGACAUUUCAAAUUACAUCGUCCUGGCGAGCUGCGUACGACAGCUCUCGCAGCGCGGGGCGGGUCGCAAGGUCGCCCGCCUGCGCGCCCUCUACCGCGACCGCCGCCGCCGCGCGGUGCUGUUCGCCGACCUGCACUGCCUGGACACCGCACUGGCGGCUGCGGGGGCGGACGACUCCCUGCCCCCUGCGUUGGCAGCCGGGCUGUACUACGCGCGCCACCUGGGGGCCCGGCUGCCCGUAGUGGUGCUCUCGGACCCCCUGGCGGCGGCGGCAGCGGCGGAGGCGGAGGCGGAGGCAGCAGCUGAGGGAGGUGGCGACGGCAGUGCUGGUGGGGGGCCGAUAAGUCCUGCUCUGGCAGCUAACCUGGCCGAAGCCGCGGCUGCGGGCGUUACCGUACUCUCCGCCGCGGAUUACGUAAGCCGCUACUGGCCACCUGGGUCUCCGGUUUCGGAGCUGUACGACUCCCUCUGCGCAGCCAAGCUGGCGGCGGCGGCAGCUGACGGCGGCGGCGGAGGCGGCGAUGUGUCGUACAGUCCGCACCUGUCCCAGCAGGAGGUGGAGGAGGGACUGGCGGCGGGGGAGCUCCUGCGGGGAGUGCUCCGCGUGUCGCGGCGCUUCCCCCGCGAGGCGGUGGUGGACUGCGGCCACGGCCCCGAUGCGGCGGGCGGGCGGCUGGUGCGGGUGUCGGGGCGGGGCGCCAUGAACCGCGCCAUGGAGGGAGACCUGGUGGCGGUGCGGCUGCUGCCGCCGGGGGCAGCUGAUGGUAGUGG